AUGCCGCUCGUGCCUGUUGACGCGUACCACCCGCCGCUCGAGAUCUCGGUAAGUACAAAUACGCGCCUGCGCCGUCAGUCCGACUCAGCAGGUUCAGCUACACCAGAAAUUAAUACAUUCGUAGGUUGGAACUUUAAUAAGGCCGACUUUUUAACAUUGUAUUCCUUAAUUGCGGCCGUAGAUUGGACUUCUUUAUAUGAGUUAGACUUAGAAAUGAGCUUAGAAUAUUUUUAUAAAAUUAUGAAUUCUGCAAUAGAUGACUGUGUUCCGAAAAAAAAGCGAAGUCGUGUAAACUCCAGGUACAUUUACCCGGAGUGGUACACUGUUGAAAUAAUUCGCGACAUAAGAUUUAAGGCUUUUCUGCAUAAACGGUACAAGGCCAGUGGAUCGAAAACUGACUACGAGGCGUUUGCUCAGUGUAGGACCAAAGUAAAGAAAAUGAUAGGUCUCGCACAGGAAAAGUAUCAACAACGUGUUCAAAAUCAAAUGUUGAAGGAUCCAAAAUCUUUUUGGAAACAUUAUUAA